GACAGGGCGUGUGAUUAAAGUUUAUGAAGAGUUAAUAGGCCUGCUUAAUUCCACACCACCCACAGAACACUACCUCUUUCAGAAGAGUCUAACCACGACCAUUUGUCCUUUUUUUCAAUAUCUCCUCCUCCUCCUCCAUGCUCGGCCACUCUUCUUCAAAGGUGCGUUCACUCUCCGUGUGGAAGCCGGACAGACCAGCAACAUGUCAGCGGACCCGACCUCCUUCGCGUCCGCCGCCAAGUGCGUCAGCAAACACCUCAACUUAAAUCUCUACGUGGACUUCGAGACUCACGUGAUCAGAGGCAGCGUGGAGAUCACCGUGGAGGUUCUGGAGAACCGGUUUUCCACUCUGACGUUGGACACGAGAGACGUGAAGGUGGUGUCGGUGAGCGCCAACGGGCAGGAGGCCCGUUUUACCAUGGGCCCCAAACACACCUUCAAGGGCACGCCGCUGGAGAUCACGCUGCCCUUUGACCUCUCCAGGGGGCAGCAUGUGAUUGUGGGCGUGACCUAUGAGACGUCCCCUGGUGCAUCUGCGCUACAGUGGCUCUCACCUGAACAGACGGCGGGCAAGAAACAUCCAUACCUGUUUAGUCAGUGCCAGGCUCAUCACUGCAGGAGUAUGAUUCCUUGUCAGGACAGCCCGUCCAUCAAACACACCUACUAUGCUCAGGUGUCUGUCCCUAAAGAGCUGGUGGCAGCAAUGAGCGCCUUGAGAGACGGACAGGAAGUGGACCCUCAGGACAGUCAUCGUACCGUUUAUCGUUUCAGACAGCCGGUGCCCAUGCCAUCUUACCUGAUGGCGUUGGUGGUUGGAUCGCUGGAGAGCAGGAAGAUUGGACCCAGGACCACAGUCUGGUCUGAGAAGGAGUUUGUGGACCGAGCGGCACAAGAAUUCUCUGAGACAGAGAGGAUGUUGCAGACGGCAGAGGAGCUGGUCGGGCCGUACGUUUGGGGACAGUAUGACAUUUUGGUCCUGCCGCCAUCUUUUCCCUACGGCGGGAUGGAAAAUCCAUGUCUGACCUUUGCCACGCCCACGCUGCUUGCAGGAGACAAGUCCUUAUCCAACGUGAUCGCACAUGAGAUCUCCCACAGCUGGACAGGAAACCUGGUGACCAACAAGACCUGGGAGCACUUUUGGUUGGUAACACACACACACGCACACGUGCACGCUCACACAGGGAAGUCGGCAUCCAUACGUGUGCACGCGCGCAGGCUUAACGAGGGUCACACGGUCUACCUGGAGAGGAUGAUUGGCAGACGUCUGGAGGGGGAAGCGUUCCGCCAGUUCAAGGCCUUGGGAGGCUGGAAGGACCUCCAUGACUCGGUCAGCACAUUUGGAGCCAAGAACCCUCUGACCAACCUGGUCCCAAGUCUGCAGGACGUGGACCCGGAUGAGGCCUUCUCCUCCGUCCCCUACGAGAAGGGCUUUGCUCUUCUCUACCACCUGGAGGAGCUGCUGGGCGGUCCAGAGGUCUUCAUGGGCUUCAUCAAAUCUUACAUCCAGCUCUUUGCCUACGGCAGCGUCACCACGGACCAGUGGAAGGACUUCCUGUUCACCUACUUUCAGGACAAGGUGGAUGUCCUGAACAAGGUGGACUGGAACGCGUGGAUGUUCACUCCCGGGAUGCCUCCGGUGAAACCACAAUACGACACCACGCUGGCCGACGCCUGUGCCGCUCUUUCUCAGAGGUGGAUCCAGGCCAAAGAGCAGGACCUCAGCGCCUUCACGCAGGCUGACAUCAACGCACUCUCCUCACAUCAGCUCAUAGACUUUUUGUCUCUUCUCCUCCAGGAAGUGCUUCCCGUGAGUCACGUGAAGAAGAUGCAGGAGGUUUAUGAUUUCAACUCAUGCACAAAUUCAGAGAUCCGCUUCAGGUGGCUGCGACUGUGCGUGCGCUCGCGGUGGGAGGAGGCGGUUCCCUUGGCGCUGAAGAUGGCAAGCGAGCAGGGCCGAAUGAAGUUCACACGACCGCUCUUCAGAGAGGUCUUCAACUUUGCCAAGUACCGAGAGGAAGCGGUGCGAGUGUUCCUCGCUCACCGGGCGACCAUGCACCCGGUGACCUCUGGACUGGUGUCGAAGGACAUGAAGGUGUCCGUGGACCAGUAGGACCAAUCGCCGCACAGAAGCAAUAUUUACAGUAGCAAAUAAAUACCUUUCAUUGGAAGCAUCA